CUCUUCCUUUUCCAUUCCUCCUUUUCCUUUUCGCUACUUCUUGUUUACGCUUUCACGCCGUCACUCCACUCGGCUAGUUCUUUCUUUUUUACUUGUGCUACGUUCUUCCCUUUUCGUUCACUGCUUGUCAUUUUCCCGCCCAUUCCCUUUUCGUCACCGCGGUUUCCUUUUCGUCAUUCAUCCAAAACGGGUUUGUCAGUGUCAUCUUGCUUUACCCUGCUUAAUAAUGCCCGACAUGGGUUUCUACGAAGGUCUUUUAAAAGCAUCGAUCAUGCACGUCCUCCGAAAAGACAGAAGAGCAGUGCGUGUUAUGAGCAUUCGCAACGGAUUAUCUGUAGAAUUGAGAAUCUGUAAACAUUUCCAUGUCUACGAUUACGGUCACUUCUCCCCCGACACCACCCUCUCCUCAAGCCGAAACGCUACCGCUGCCUCCCCUGUCACAACUGCCGACAAAAAAAAGACGAAAGGUGCUUGGUGGCGCAAUAACGAGGAUCAGCUCUUGGUCCAAGCCUACCUUCUCGCCAACAAGGAUGAAAAAGUUGGCUUCAACCAAGAUUUCAAACCGUUUUGGCAACGCGUUUUUGAAGAGUUUCAAAAAGGCGGCAAUGACAAGAACCGCACCCCCGAAAAUUGUCAAGAUGUUGGGAAAUCGUCAGCGCGCGAAUCCGACAAGGCCAACGAGGUCAGCGUGGAUGGCGAGAAGGAUGUGCGGCCCAUUGGUAAUAAGAAAGCCAAGGCUCUGAAGAGACGACACGCCGAAGACGACGAUCUCGAGAGCCUGGCUGGUGAACAGUUGACUGAGAGCGUACAGUGGAAGGCUGUCAUUCAUUAA